CGCUCGCAGCGUUUACAGAGGGUUCUCGUUCCCUCGCAUGGAUCUUGAUGCGCUGAGUGGCUUCAAAGACCCGAUUGCAGCUCUCGACGAGGAGGACGCGGACAAGGCCGCCGCGGCGGAGGAGCAGGAUGCCAGGGCCAAGGCAGAGAUCGUGCACAUCCGCGUCCAGCAGCGCAACGGACGCAAGUGCAUCACGACUGUGCAGGGGCUCAACCAGGACCUGGAUCUCAAGCGGAUCCUCAAGGUCAUCAAGAAGCAGCACUGCUGCAACGGGACCGUUGUUGACGCCGACGCCGAGGGCAAGAACAUGGGCGAGGUCCUCCAGCUGCAGGGCGACCAGCGCGCCAACGUCAAUAAGUUCCUGGUCGACAACGAGCUGCACCCGGCGGACAAGAUCAAGAUUCACGGGCACGGCUGAGGGGGGGUGGCGCGUCGCCGCCGGCGGGGAGCCCGCGGCCCUCUUCCCCCUCGGCGGUGCGGCUCUGACAGCUCGGGGAGUGCGGCGUGGACGGCGCCGCCGCGGCCUCUCGCGCCGGCCUUGCCCCUGGGCCGGAAGGAGAAGGGGACCUGGCGCUCACGCGUUGCGCACCCCGCUUCGAGCGAGGCGGGGAGCGCAGCAGCGAUGUGCGUGCCGGUGUUACUCCAGGCGUUUGUGGCCCGUUUGUGUGGAUCUGCAUCUGGAUGGAUUUUGAGAGAGGUCGAGAAGGAGAGAAAGGGAACGAGAUCGCGUGUACUCUCCCGACUCCCGUCUACAUUACAUACUCGUGGCACGU